GUUUCAUCCAUGAUGGCGGUCGUCAGCGAUCCCCGAAGUGUCUUGGUCUUUCAAAGUGACAGAAUUAUCUUCUCACCAAUAAAGCUAAUAAUUGGAUAUGCCAGACAGAAACUUUUGAGCCUUUGCCUCAAUCAUGGCUUCAACAGUUGGAAACCUCUAGGCCUUGUACUAAAUUGCGCACGUUUCAAAGCCAUGCGAAGAAUGUUUUAAACUUGGCGCGCGCUGGAACGUGUUGCUGUCACCAAAGUCACGAGAUUUAAAGAAAUGCAGGUAAAUAAGUUUUUUUCCCCGUGGAUCAUAAAUAAUUGACGGUGUUAACGAAUUCUGGGUGGCAAAAGAUCGGCGUUAAGAUCAAGAAGUCGUGCGUAUCGGUCAGACUUCUGAUUACUUUUUUCAUCUGCUUCCUUAGGAAAUAUUUCCAAGCUCAAGUACGUUUGUAUUCACCCUGUCUACUGAAUCAAAAACAACUGGCUACAAGUUAGCAACAUAUGCCACAUAAUGGCUUGAGAGGAAGAGGACACUGCAAAUGGAUUGAGUGGCUUUUAUUUUAUUGAAUAUACCAAUACGUGACAGCUAUCGAAAUUCGAUACGAUUGCAUACCAUUGUAUUGGAUACAGCCACGCCAUUUUGUCUACCGACAGAGACACAUUCAUCAGAUUUUCCGGCGUUGACUGCCCAUAUUUAACGCUCUUCAAACAUCCUGUUUGUCUGUGGCUUCUAUCAUGCCUUCCAUAAGUCCUGUUCAUUCGCUAAGUCCAGAUCAUGACAAGGAAUCGAAAGAGGAAGAUGAUCAAACCACCGAAAUUUCCGGCCAUUUAAAAUCACGGUUCUCUCCCAGUUCGACGUUCAGUGAGAGACUAAAAGCCGCCCGGAAACUGAUCCCUUCGUACCCUGGUAAAGCAAAGCUAGUUCGAUCAGUGAGUGAGAGCAGCACUUUGGCGACGAAGACAGACGAAGAGAGAAUACAUAUUAGAGCAGAAAAUGAAAGUUGCGCAACGAGUCAAGAUUUUGGGACGUUUUUCCGGGAGCACGCCAUCAUGGUUGAAUAGUGAGUGGGUUUUCUUCUUUUAAUCUCUGAUUCGAUGACGAAUUGCCAAUUUUAAGUCAACGAAUUUCUUUUGGACAACAACUUUGCUAGUAGUUGAUGUUCAUAAUACUCCAUGAUAGUCUAGAAUUAUCUUACUGUUCACGGGAGUUCACUGAUGUUUAGACAGAUGAGGAUUUGCCAGCUGUAAAACUGAAACCAGAAUAUAAUCAUACACAUAUAAACACAACAAUAUAACCACACACACAACCCAUGAUUCCUCCAUUUGCUCUGAUGAAGGGCUAAUGCUCAAACCGUCAGCUUUAAACUUUUUACAGUGGCCAAUUUACAUUAUCAACUCUGUUAAUAAAAUAACAAAACAAAAUUAUCAUGUUAGAGUAAUUAUGUUAGUUAUACAUUUUAAACAGCAUUGUGUUCUGAUCAUAAUCUGUAGUCAGUAAAUUAAAUGAAAAAUGUUGAGUCUUUCCCCCCUCAGUCCUGUGUCUGAGUUCUGAAUAUGUUUAUAGUUUAACAUACAUCUUCAAUGCCUGCAGACAUUUUGUUCAUUGUUUAAGGAAAUAUUUUUCCUCAUCCUUGUAGACUCAUGAAAAAAUACUUCUAGGCAACUCUUACUUAAGUUUUAAGAUGUCCAUGUGUAUAUUUAAAAUGCUAAACCUCCAAUAAUUAUAGAAUGAGUGUAUGCUUUGAAAUUUCUUACUUUUUAAAAAAUGUAAUUAUUUAGAAAAAUUUUCUCUUUGUAGCAAGUGUAUGGGAAGAAAUCCUCUCUCUGGAGUUUAUGUAAUACCAUCACUGAAGUCAUUACAAGGUCAGUUCUCUACACUGAGGCAUAUGUAGUACAUAUGAUACAGUUUUGUUGUUAAACUGGCAUCCUUUAUUCACUGUUUGUUUUAUAGUCCUGAAUGCUGUGGUGUAAUAUUUUUAGAAUAAGUUGCAAUAUUCAACCAUGUUCUACUAAAACCACAUGAAAAAUAUUAAUGUUUCUAGUUCCGGGUCUAGUUGUAUUAAGGGCAGAUAAUGCUACCCAAUGAAUGAAUUGCAAUCCAGUGGCAAAAUGUACAGCCUUAUCCACCAGAUAUAGUUUUCUCUAGUGGAUAGUCCUAUCCAACCUUCGAACAACCACAACCUGGUAUUCAUUGUGAUCAUAAACAAAAUAAUAGAAACAAGAGUGGUUUGAAAAAAUGUUUGACUCUAAAGAACUGGUUCAUGCUUAGCAUGCGUAUAUCAAGUUAUGGAUGCAUGCAGGAAGUUUGGAAAGCACAAGAGAAGCGUAAGAGUUGCUGCACCUUAAGCAACUCUAGCUUCUUAAGUGCUCUCCAAACUUCCUUAGUGCACCCAUAACUUGAUAUAUACACAGUCCUUCCCUAGUGCAUCCAUAACUUGAUAUAUACACAGUCCUUCCUUAGUGCAUCCAUAACUUGAUAUAUACACAGUCCUUCCUUAGUGCAUCCAUAACUUGAUAUAUACACAGUCCUUCCCUAGUGCAUCCAUAACUUGAUAUAUACACAGUCCUUCCUUAGUGCAUCCAUAACUUGAUAUAUACACAGUCCUUCCUUAGUGCAUCCAUAACUUGAUAUAUACACAGUCCUUCCUUAGUGCAUCCAUAACUUGAUAUAUACACAGUCCUUCCCUAGUGCAUCCAUAACUUGAUAUAUACACAGUCCUUCCUUAGUGCAUCCAUAACUUGAUAUAUACACAGUCCUUCCUUAGUGCAUCCAUAACUUGAUAUAUACACAGUCCUUCCCUAGUGCACCCAUAACUUGAUAUAUACACAGUCCUUCCUUAGUGCAUCCAUAACUUGAUAUAUACACAGUCCUUCCUUAGUGCAUCCAUAACUUGAUAUAUACACAGUCCUUCCCUAGUGCAUCCAUAACUUGAUAUAUACACAGUCCAUCCCUGAUAUAUACAUCCAUAACUUGAUAUAUACACAGUCCUUCCUUAGUGCAUCCAUAACUUGAUAUAUACACAGUCCUUCCUUAGUGCAUCCAUAACUUGAUAUAUACACAGUCCUUCCUUAGUGCAUCCAUAACUUGAUAUAUACACAGUCCUUCCUUAGUGCAUCCAUAACUUGAUAUAUACACAGUCCUUCCUUAGUGCAUCCAUAACUUGAUAUAUACACAGUCCUUCCUUAGUGCAUCCAUAACUUGAUAUAUACACAGUCCUUCCUAGUGCAUCCAUAACUUGAUAUAUACACAGUCCUUCCCUAUAUCCAUAACUUGAUAUAUACACAGUCCUUCCUUAGUGCAUCCAUAACUUGAUAUAUACACAGUCCUUCCUUAGUAUCCCCAGUCCUUCCUUAGUGCAUCCAUAACUUGAUAUACACAUAGUGCAUCCAUAACUUGAUAUAUACACAGUCCUUCCCUAGUCCAUCCACAGUCCUUCCCUUAGUGCAUCCAUACUUGAUAUAUACACAUAGUGCAUCCAUAACUUGAUAUAUACGCAGUCCUUCCCUAGUGCAUCCAUAACUUGAUAUAUACACAGUCCUUCCCUAGUGCACCCAUAACUUGAUAUAUACACAGUCCUUCCUUAGUGCAUCCAUAACUUGAUAUAUACACAGUCCUUCCCUAGUGCAUCCAUAACUUGAUAUAUACAUAGUCCUUCCUUAGUGCAUCCAUAACAUGAUGUAUACACAGUCUGGAAAAAACAAUAUUGGAAAAAAAAAUCUUGAAAGUUUUUAAACCUUGCAGCUAAACUCAACUAGAUUGUAAGCAUGAUAGUGGUUGCCUAGGAAUUAGGUAGGACUUACACCUGCCAGAUGUUAUUUGUUCUGCCAGAUGUUAUUUUUGACUGGAAGAACAAAUUGUACACUAGCUUUAUAUCAUUGAUUGCAUCUACCCCUCCACACAUGAUUAUGAUAAAAACAUCAAAGUUUUCCUGCUCAUUAGGGUAAAGGUUUUACAUUGCCUGCCCACUUGAGAAGGUUUUCCUGCCUUUUGAUGGUGAUUGGCAAUGGCAUUUGCACUCAACAUAAGAAGCAGAAAGUUUAAAUGUGGCAUACCUCAAGUUAUUCAUCAACUUGCAAAAUAAAGUGAUAGAUCUUGCACAGUUCCAUUUGUGCACAGACGUUUGGAGAAUGUUGUAUGAAGAUUGUAUCUCUGAAAGGGUUAAACCAAGCAAGGGCAGCCUUUCAAUGUAAGUGGUAGAUCAGGAUCAACUUUGGCCAAAAACUCUUCUAUAGUUCAGUGAUCAGACAUAAUUCUUCUCAAUUCUUUCAUCUUUUGAAAAAUAAACUGUGGAACAGCAUUGAGUAACUAGUGCUACUAAAGCUGGGCAGGAAAACUUUGAAGCUUUUCUGUCAAAACAUUAAAGUUUGAUAGGCCAACGAACAUGUUUUCAUCACUUGUGUGGAAGGGUAGAUAGAGAUACAGUCAAUGGUAUAAAAGAAAUAUGGCUGGUCGUUCUUGGUGCAAUUCAAAGUUACUGUAAUUUUGUUUACUUUAGUCUGGCAUGGAGUAAUAUUUGUCAGAGCUGGGCCUUACAGAGAUGGCAUCUUCAGGUUUAUAAUUAUUCUCCAAGAUGAGUAAGUACAUUUAAAAAAAAAAGCUCAUUUCAAUUGGUGAUAUGUUUUGUAAAAUUACGUUUCAUAAGUUAUUUUUUUGUUUACAAGCUACAUGUUUAUUUGUAUGGAUAAGUCCAAUUCAGCUAAGGCUGGUUUAAAUGGUGGCCUUGCAGUGAAUUAACUACGUAGAUACAAUGUAAAAAUGUAAACAUGUAAAUCAAUUAAAAAGGAUCAUCUUUCAAGUUCACAGCAUGCAAUCUGAUUAAAAGAGAAAGUUAUCAAAAAAUCAAAAACAAACAGUUACAAUGUAGAUGUUCUAUAAAAUUGUUGCCAAAGAACAGCUGCAGUAGGAACAAAAACACAUGCGUGGUAGCCUAAUUCCUGUUUUAGAAUCAAAGGUUUUUUAAUUCAUUUCAUACUUUUAUUAAUAUUAAGAUAUAUUAAUUGACAUAUUAAUUAUUAUAUAUUUUGAUCUCUUUUUAAUCACCAGUUUUCCUGAUAGUCGACCUCUUCUGAAAUUGACCACACCUAUGUUUCAUCCACAAGUUAAUCCAGUGAAUGGGUACGUAUAAACCAUUUGUUGAUGGUGCCUACAUAUAACUGUACUGACUUUGAAACAAAAGAAUACCACAUUUUUCCAUGAUUUUUUCAGGAUGAUUUUUAAAUAUUUUCAUUAUGCAUAAACAGAUUAGUUCUAUUGAGCUAUACAGCAUAUAAUUGUUUAAUUGGAUUGUUUGGCUUUCUUUUUCUUUCAACCUAGAUCACUUUCUUGUGACUCUUCAUUAUCGUCAAUAGAAUUUCAUGACUUUUACAGUGAAACAAAAAUUUUAUGACUUUUGAGGUUCUUCCAUCACAACAUUGUGUUAAAAUGCUCCAUUGUUCUAGAGACAUUUUAAAAUGUGCCAGUGAUAUCAUGAAAAGGUUCACAUAGUAUACAUGUAUGUGAAUUCAUAAUUAGCUUUUGUGGUAUCAGUGUUCCAAUGUUCUGAUUUCAAAUGCCAGUUUUGGGAGAGCUCUGUGAGUAGCAAGAUAGCUAUCUUUUUGUGACCCUGUGACUCUGCAGCUCAAAACUCUUAACAAACCAUCUACACAGAACAUAAAGUGUAGUGCAAGUACAAUUAAACUGUUUCAAUCUGUAGCUACAGUUCUAACCCAGUUAUAUUUUUUCUAGUGUCCUCAAUCUGGAUGAGUCAUUUCCUCAGUGGGAAAGGGGUAAAAACAGCAUAUGGUAAGUCCGUGUCUCAUACAGUUUUCACUGGUGUGGGAAUAAUUGCCCUAACUUUUUUUACUUACCAAGUAUAGUCUUGUAGACUAUAAUUAUUGGAUAAAUUAUUUUGCUUUCCAUUGGUUAUAUAGCCAUAGAAUGAGUAAUAUGGUAAAUUUUGUGCUUGAUGUCACAAGCAUUACACAGAGAAAAAACAUGCAAGUCUCCUAUGAAUUAAAAGCCACAUACUCUGACUCUUUCAGGCAAGUCCUAAAAUUUAUGAAAAGUUGCUUCUAUAGCAUAGACACCUGGGGUGCAACAAAUGAAGAAGCUGUUGAUCUGUAAGUGAAAAUUUGUUCCUGGUAUUACAUUGAUUUCAAGCACAGAAUCUCUCCUUGGCUGUGUGUUUGUUUUACAGUGUAACAGUAACAGUUCUGCUCAAAUUUUUCUCAUUUACUGACACUUAACACAUUUCAGACAGUCAGUGUCUGUGUCAGGUCUGUAAGGCUUUCACUCAGCAAUGGGACCUUACUUGAGAAAAUUAUUGGUCUGAGCUUGUGUCAGUACAGUGCUUGACUCUAUUCCUCAGUAUGGCUUGGGCAAGCAAGUUUAGUUAGUAGUUUAUCAUAUUAACUAUGGUGCUGUUUAAGGAGUUCCAGCCCUGAGAAAAGCCUUAAUAACACACAUGGAAAAAUACUAUAUUUUUUUAUGUGUGUUUGAUAUCACCAAUCAGCUGCUGACACAUCGCUCACCUUUCGUGCCACUCAGUCAGGUUCACUUGAUAAAUGAACAGCAAAGCCUUCACCAUUCUCAAUCCAAGGUCGUUUGUUGCAAGUUUUUUGGAUUGUGGCCUCUAAAACACUGAAAAAUCCAUGUGCAAAUUUUUCUAGAAGGGGAAGAAAACCAAAAUUCACAAGGAAAAACUAAAAGUUAUGUAUUCAGUGGCUUUUGUAAUGUAAUUCUUGCAGUUGACAACAAAAAUCAAUAGAUCUGCUGCAGGCAGAUUUUGGCCAUUUUCCUGAAAGAUUUCUUUUGUCCAUUGUUUGUUUCUGUGGCAUUUCAACGUAUUUUUCCAUCUUGUGCCAUAGCAUCAAAACACUUAACGAUUUUUAUUCGGGGAUUGCCAAUCGUUCUAUUUCAUUCAUCAAUAAAGUUGACUUUUCUUCUCAGUAAAGGGCUAUUGUGUUUAUAUGAUAGACAAAAUAAUACAUGGUUACUUGUAGAUAUGAAAUUUUUCUUUGUAUGUUUAACUCAAAUGUCUCACUUGUGAGCUAUCGAGUUAAACACUUGAAGAGAAAUUCCGCAUCAACAUGUGCCCAUGUGUCAUUCUCUAUUUAUCAUAUUAACUAUAGUGUUACACAAGGAUUUCCAGCCCUGAGGAAAGCAUAAUACACAACUUGUAGACAUGAAAUUUCUCUUCUCCUGUUCAACUUGACAUCUCCCUAGAUUGCUGCACUCACUCGUGAGCAUUUGAGUUAAACAUUUGAAGAGAAACCACAUCAAUGCCUGCCCAUGUAUUAUUCUCUGACUAUUUAUUGUAUGGCACUCAGACCAGACUUGUUUGUUUUCUAUUUGCUGCUUAUGGAGAACAAAAAUACAAAGGUUAUGACUGUUUCUGUGGAAAUGUCUGUAUGAGAAACUCCCAACCAAGUAAUAACCAAUCAGAGCAGUUGGAUUUACCACAUGAUGACCUUGCCAUACUAUAAAAAGUUCUUCUGACAUUGAACAUAUAACAAUGUAAUGUACUGUACAAUACUUCCUCAGGAUUCAUUGAUUUUAGUGUCAUGUUCUUUGCUGACAAUCUUCUCUUUAGGGAUUUUAAGGUAAUUCACUAUUAUCCACUUUUUUAGAGUACAUAAUAGCUUUGAAGAAUUCAAAGAAAGAGCUCAGCAAAGUGCAUCAGAAGCCUUAGAUUUAUUUGAUUCUGAGGUGAAACAAGACAGCAGCUCAGGUACAUGAUUUUUUGUUAGACAGUUAAUAUGAAGAUGAUACUAGUGCUGUUUACAACUUGACUCCUUUAGCACCAUCAUUUUAGGUAUGCGAUAAUUCAUAGUAGUUAGGGCUCCUGCUUCUACAACCUAAUCUAUGUUUCAAAGCUGUCAAGAAGAGCCAGAAUCUGGCCAGAACUAGGCUAGUCCUCUAUUUUUAGGUAGCUACCUUCAUCUCAUUACCAUCAUGGUAGUUUUGAUACCAUGAUCUUGGAAAUUUGUUCAGCAGCUUUUUCUCUGUUUUAAGUGUAAUCGAAUGCAUGUACAUGUACAUGUACCUGUGAUUCACCUGGAAUAGGUUUAUUGGUUUAAAUAUGUGAAUCAAAUCCACAUUCCAUUUAAUUUGUUUCGGUAUUUUAUCCAGUCCAUGACAAAGCUCAGAUAUAUUAGAUAUGAUAGCAGUAUUCCUCACAGUGUUGAGAUACACAAGGUUUGCUUUUGGCCUUUAAUGUAUAAGCUAUUGUAUAUAAUAUGACAGAUGACGAUGGAAAUGUGUUGCGGCAGAAGAAUCUCAGUGACUUGGCAUUCAUGGAAGGCAAACGAAUGAUGCUAGCUGGGGUGAGAUGGAAUUUAGUUUAUUAACUUAUUUAUAUUUAAUUUUAUUUGCACAUUAUUGUUGCUGCAUUAUAUGUUACUGUACAAUAUACUCCAUGGAAAAUGAUGUGGACGUUCAUGAGGUUACUUGGUUCAAAGCCUAGAGUGAAUGGUUUAAACCCACAUGAAUGCCACUCAAUUGUGAGGUGUUACUCAUCAAGUGAGGAAAGUUCAGAAAAAGAACAUUUUCAGUGACAGUAACUGCUUCUUCAACAACACGAGCAGAUACGAGCCUAGAGCUUCCUCUUUCAACUUCCAACAAGUUUCUGAGUUGAUGUGAGUACCUUAGCUUCUCUUGCCAUAAAUGUUGACACAAAAGGUUAAUAUUAAUAUCAUGUUACAAUUACAUACAAUUGCAUCUAUUUCUUAUUUGACAGGAACACACUUCCUUUGAUAUCAGAGAUCCACUAUUCUGAAGUAGUGAAGCAAAGUAGAUGUGUAUUCUUUAUAUAUCCAAGAGAAGUGUGAUAUAUUGAAAAUUUUAAAUUGAAAUGGAAAUAAUAAUAUGAACUACUUCGGUGUGGCAUAUCACAUAAUUAUGCCUGAAAUGCCAAAUGUGUAUAGUCAUGAACAAGUUUGUAUUUCGAGGUCUGGACACGCUUGAUGCUGAUUAUUUCUGUAGAUGCCUACAAACAGUCAUAACUAAUUUUAAAAGUUAUACCUCACUUCAUGUGUUUUUACAAAAUACUGUGUAUUCAAUAUACAUUACCCUCUUUGGAGAACUUAAUAAUUACUGCCUCUAAUGAUGCAGAAUAUUGUCAGUGUUUGGCUGCUAGAACUGAAUAAGCAGAGCUUUAUUUUAUGUGGUUAUUGGCACAAUAUUUAUUCAGUGAAACUGUUGUUAGUUUUAAACUUUUUAAAUGUCUCAGUUUUACUUCUGAAGUAUUUCUGAAAUGUACUGAUUUUCACC